CUGGUGCCGGUCAGACAUGGCCGCAGCUGCAGGACCUGCAUCAUGCACCAGGCGAUCGUGGGGUCUGCGCGGUCGGCAAACGUAGGUUUUUGCUUCGAUAGGUGGCCUCUUGGCCGCUCUGCCGUAGAAACAUCUGGCAUCCUCCGAGUACUCGUCCAGACCACCGCGUGCACGUGUGAGACUCCAGCGCCAUCCUCCACCAAACGAGGCGCAACGUGUCCUGAAUCGCAUCCCCACCAUCAUCGUCACCACCGCAGACCCAUCGGCGCUAGCCAUGGAGAACGCGUUCGUGCGCUCGCCGCAAGAUGUGCUCAAGCACUUCAAUGUCACUGAGCAAUCGGGCUACUCAUCGAGCGCUGUUGAAGGUGCGAGGAAGAAGUAUGGAAAGAAUGCCAUACCAGAAGACCCUCCCACGCCGAUAUGGGAACUCAUCCUCGAGCAGUUCAAGGACCAGCUAGUCAUCAUCCUGUUGGGCUCCGCCGCCGUAUCGUUCGUUCUCGCACUUUUCGAGGAGGAAGAGGGAUGGACUGCAUUCGUAGAUCCGGCAGUCAUCCUCACCAUCCUGAUAUUGAACGCAGUCGUCGGAGUUAGUCAAGAGAGCUCGGCAGAAAAGGCGAUUGCAGCAUUGCAGGAGUACACCGCGAACACGGCCAAGGUUAUUCGUGAUGGCAAGAUUCAGACAGUCAAGGCAGAGGAUUUGGUCCCAGGUGAUAUUGUGGAUGUUGCUGUUGGAAACCAAGUCCCAGCGGAUUGCAGGCUCCUCAGCAUCAACAGCAAUUCGUUCCGCGUGGAUCAGAGUAUCUUGACUGGAGAGAGCGAGAGUGUGGGCAAGGAUGUUGCGGCGAUCAAGGAUACACAAGCUGUCAAGCAGGAUCAGAUCAACAUGCUGUUCUCGGGAACUACGGUCGUGACAGGUCAUGCUCAUGCCAUUGUCGUCCUCACUGGAACGAGUACCGCGAUGGGAAACAUCCACGAGAGCAUCACUUCGCAGAUCUCCCAACCUACACCUCUCAAGGAGAAGCUCAACGACUUCGGCGACACCCUGGCAAAGGUCAUUUCUGGCAUCUGUAUCCUGGUUUGGUUGAUCAACAUUCGUCACUUCAACGACGAUUCUUUCGGCGGAUCCUGGACCAAGGGAGCCAUUUACUACCUCAAGAUUGCCGUGUCGCUCGGUGUUGCUGCCAUUCCGGAGGGCCUUGCCGUCGUCAUCACCACCUGUCUUGCAUUGGGAACACGGACAAUGGCUAAGAAGAAUGCGAUCGUGCGCAGCCUGCCAUCUGUGGAGACUCUCGGCAGCUGCAGUGUUAUUUGCUCGGACAAGACCGGUACUUUAACAACGAACCAAAUGAGCGUAAACAGAAUCGUGUACAUCAAUGAAGGACAAUCUGGACUGGAAGAGCUCGACGUUGAAGGAAGUAGCUUUGCUCCAGAAGGCGUUGUCAAGCGAGGCGAGAAGGUCAUUGAAGCACCAGCUGCCACAUCGAAGACCAUCGCACAGAUCACCGAGUGUGCCUCCAUUUGCAACGAUGCAGAACUGGCCUAUGACAGCAAGACUGGCAACUACGUAAAUGUUGGCGAGCCCACCGAAGGCGCACUGAGAACUUUGGUCGAGAAGGUCGGAACUCCUGAAGCAUCGCACAACUCCCAAAAGAGAAGCCUGCAGCCUGAGCAGAAGACCAACUUUGCGAGCAAGUAUUACGCCACGCACUCGCAGAAGCUGAGGACAUACGAAUUCUCUCGAGACCGCAAGAGCAUGUCCGUUCUUGUCAAUGGCGGCAGCGUGCGACGUCUGCUUGUGAAAGGCGCACCAGAAUCCAUCAUCGAGCGCUGCACACAGACAAUAGUCGGAGCCGAUGGCAAGCAGGUUCAGCUCAGUGCUAAGCACGCGUCAUUGCUACAGAAGGAAGUCCUGGAUCUCGCCAACAAAGGUCUCCGUGUCAUCGCCUUCGCCAGUGUCAACAACAUCUCCAACCCACUCACUGAGACUGCCAAGACACCGAAGGACUACGCGCAGCUCGAACAAGGCAUGACCUUCCUUGGUCUUGUCGGUAUGUUGGAUCCACCACGACCGGAGGUGGCAGACAGCAUUGCCAAGUGUCGAUCCGCAGGCAUUCGUGUCGUCGUCAUUACAGGUGACAACCAGAACACUGCCGAGACGAUUUGCAGACAAAUUGGCGUAUUUGGCCCUACCGAGGAUCUCACUGGCAAGAGCUUUACCGGGCGUCAAUUCGAUCAACUCAGCGAUGCCGAUCAACUCAAGGCUGCUCGAAACGCUUCUCUCUUCUCCCGUGUUGAGCCUGGACACAAGUCUAAGCUUGUCGAUCUUCUGCAGUCUGACAACCAGGUCGUCGCCAUGACUGGUGACGGUGUCAAUGAUGCGCCUGCCUUGAAGAAGAGUGACAUUGGUGUCGCUAUGGGAUCUGGUACCGACGUCGCCAAGCUCGCCGCCGACAUGGUCCUUGCCGAUGACAACUUUGCAACUAUCGAGGUGGCUGUCGAGGAGGGCCGCAGCAUCUACAACAACACCCAGCAAUUCAUCCGAUACCUGAUAUCAUCGAACAUUGGUGAGGUCGUGUCGAUUUUCCUGACAGCAGCACUUGGCAUGCCCGAGGCACUUAUCCCAGUACAACUUCUUUGGGUCAACUUGGUCACUGAUGGACUUCCCGCUACGGCACUCAGCUUCAACCCGAAGGACCAUGAUGUGAUGAAGCGACCUCCACGAAAGCGAGACGAGGCUCUUGUUGGCGGCUGGCUCUUCUUCCGGUACAUGGUCAUUGGAACUUACGUCGGUCUGGCCACUGUUGGAGGUUACGCGUGGUGGUUCAUGUUCUUCGAGGGAGGGCCUCAAAUCUCCUUCUACCAACUGACCCACUUCCACCGCUGCUCCAGCGCCUUCCCCCAGAUCGGCUGCAGCAUGUUCUCAGAUUCCUCCGCCAAGACAGCUUCGACCAUUUCCCUUUCGAUCCUCGUCGUCAUCGAGAUGCUCAACGCCAUGAAUGCUUUGUCUUCCUCGGAAUCUCUCCUCACACUUCCUGUAUGGAAGAACAUGAUCCUCAUCUACGCCAUCACGCUCUCCAUGGUCCUCCACUUUGCGCUCUUAUACACUCCCAUCCUACAAGGCAUCUUCGGCAUCGUGCCGCUUGGAUGGCCCGAGUGGAAGAUUGUAUUGGCGUGGAGUGCGCCGAUCAUCAUCAUUGAUGAGGUGUUGAAGGCGCUUGAGAGGGCCUUCUUCAUGGAGAAGGCGGAUGCGCCGAACCGGAUUGCGCGGAGCAAGAAAGUGGAUUAGAGCUUCGUGUGUGAUAUCGAAGAGAGAUUUUCUGGAUCAUAGGAACCGAUCCUUUUAGAAAUUUUCAUAGAAUAGAGACUUGUAGAGAAAUUAGCAGAGCUCUCGCUUGGAAAGUCGU